AUGUCCAAGCAAAUUCUAAUUUCUUUUGCCUUGUUCCAACCAAACGAUAGAGAAACAAAAUUUUUUGUGGCAGGUUUGCUUUGGAUUACCAGAACCGAAAGUCUCAUAAGUUACUUCGAACGGUUUGGAGUAAUUGUCAAAGCUAAUGUAGUUUGUGAUGGAGCAACACAACGAUAAAAGAGGUUUGGUUUUGUCACAUUUAGAGAAGUUGAAUCUGCAACAAGAGCAUGCGAGAAUCCAAAUCAUGUCACAGAUGGACGAACGGUCAAUUGCAAAAUUGCUUAUCUUGGUGCUAGGAUUCACAAUAAUCAACCAAACCAAUACGAUUUUUAA